AGGAUCCCGGAGCCCAGAGGCAGCCAGGUGCCAAGGUCAUGACCACAGCAGGAAACCCCUGGGGCUGUUUCCUGGGGUACCUCAUCCUUGGUGUCACAGGAUCCUUGGCCUCGGGUGGCGGCGGCCACAUCAUCAACGGCGAAGACUGCAGCCCACACUCGCAGCCCUGGCAGGCGGCACUGUUCACGGAAGACGAAUUCUUCUGCGGGGGUGUUCUGGUGCAUCCGCAAUGGGUGCUGUCGGCGGCACACUGUUUCCAGGAGUGA